UCAUUUUAUCAUAGAUGAUUUUUUUUGGUGUAGCCCCCCCUUAGCCAGGGCAAUGAGUUUUGUUGAAACGGUAGUCUCAAUACCUGGAGAUUACGGAUAUACAUAGUAGCAGGCGCUAAGAGUCGUAAUUGUCUUUUCAAAAUGUCCACAUGCCCAGCGAAUCCCAGUUCUCAGUAUGUUGUGCUGAGCUGCCAGAGCUGCAAGGUGCUGUAUAGAGGAGAUCCGUUGCAACCGCGCUAUUGCCCGCAAUGUUGCCGCGUAACUACUUGCCAGGACCAUACGGUGCAAUUUCCGGAGGAGUUUGCCAAGUUCUCGGACAUAAGUAUGCCAAGCUAUCUGUGCAACCAGUCCAAUACUCAAGCCCAGAAGGAUGACGAAGAUACGGACGAACAAGGAGGACGCGCACAAGGAGCAAAGGGAAGGGGCAAACAGACUGGCAAGCCGGGAGCAAAGAAGAAGGGCAAACAAAAGACGGGGGACGCUCAAAAACAGACUGGAGACGGUAAAAAAAAGACUGGAGACGCUCAAAAACAGACUGGAGACGGUAAAAAAAAGACUGGAGACGCUCAAAAACAGACUGGAGACGGUAAAAAAAAGACUGGAGACGGUCGAAAACAGACUGAAGACGGUCGAAAACAGACUGGAUCAAACAGAAGGGGCGGCACACAGUCGACUGGGGACGGAAAUCUGCAGAAUGAUAGGGCAUCUGCCCUAUCUAAUCGACCAAGCAGAAGGGGUAGAGAAUCGGAGGGUGACGGCAAUAGACAGACAGGACGGGCAGCUAAUGCUAAUGCUAAUGGACAGCAGAGAAAAGGUAAACAGACGACUGCGGAUAUCGAAGCAAAGAAAUCGGGUAAAAAGAAGACUGGGGCUGGAAAUGGAGCGACGAGUAGUGUGCCUGUUGAUGGAGCUGUUAAUGGUAAGGCUGCAAAAGCUUCGGCUGUCGGUCCGACUGAAGGCGGAUUACUUGAGCAGCGACUGCAUCCUAGCACUCAGCGACUGCAUCCAGCGAAUGCAUCCCAGCUCUCAGGGUAUGCAUCCUAG